UUCAUGUUCCCCUCCCCCUGGCCCUUUCCCUGGACUCUCUCUCCCUCUACCUCAUAAGCUGACUUCUUCCAUCAGAAAGGGACUCCCCUCCUGGAUCUUUGACUCCUACCCAGGGCUCUUAACCCACCUCAUUCUACACUCCUGUCUACAGCUCUCCUUUCUGACAUCAUCUCGUUCCCAGCAUACCUCUGGAGACCCUUAUACUGGAAAACAUGUCUCCUGGGGUGGGGUCUGGAAGGGACUGCUAAUCAAGGGAGGAGGAGACUAGGCGGGAGCGGAGUCAGGAAUCUGAAGGGUUGAGUGUCAGAUCCCUGGGUACUUGGUCUUCCAGCCGAAUGGGGAAUGCUUAGGAGUCGGCCUCCCUCCCCACCCCUCUUUCAGAUCCAGACUCGGGGUGGGCAGGCGGGCUGGCAAGGGUGGGGUUUGAAGGGACAGUGAAAGGCUAGGCUGAGGCCAGGGCUGGCUAUGGAGAAGGACUGGUAGCUCCUCCUCCAAGGCUGUGUCCCCUUCCUCCACGUUAAAGGUAUACCCCCACGCAGUUCUCCUUGGGACAGGAUGUCCCUCCCCCAGCCCAGGUGGGUUUUUUGUUCGUUUGGUUUUGUUUCUGUUUGGCUGCCCCUUCCAUCGGGGCCCUCCGUGGCUGCAUCCCAGCAGCUAAGCCCGGAUUCCCAGCCCUCCUUCCCCCUUUCUCUGCCACUCAGCUACCUGCCUUCCGGUCACUUCUCCUUCUGCCCAAGCCACCUUCAGGUUACAGUCGUCCCUGUCCUCUGCUACUCCAGAUACACCCCUCCCUUCCUGUCUCCUCCAGUCCUCUUUUCUUUGAAGAUGGUUGGUCGGAUGCUGAGACCAUAGUCUUACCUGUCUCCUUCAAGCCCCUCCCCCUGAGAUUUUUUCCAUUCAGAAACCCCAGAGCCCCCUCUCCAGAUCCUAGCUUUGCCCCAAUAGCUGCUGAUAUCAUCAGCUGACCGGCUGUGGGCAGUGGUUACCAGGGAAACAGCAAGGCUGCCUAGGUAGGCAGGUCUGCAGCCGACAUGGAGGUGGGAGGAGGCCAGUCAGUGCUAAUAGGGGUUAGGGGCUAAGUUUUCUAGAUGCACCCCAAAGCUAGCGUUGGAGGCCUGGAAUGGUUGAAGUUUUGCGACAGAGAGAAGGCAUGUCUUUUUGUGCUGGACUAUGGAUCCAUCUGAUAGAAAGCUUCCUUUUUCAAAAACAGCUUUCCUGGGAGAAAUCCGGUCCUUCAUUCUCUCCCUGGCCCCUACUGCGAUUCCCAGGGGAUCAAGGUUACAGAAAAUCCAAUCUGAAUCUGAUGUAUUUACGACCUGGUUCUUUCCAUCCUUCUAUCCAUCCUCCUCAGAAGAGGGUUAAUGUUUGGAUGGCCAAUUCUGGUGCCCCUGCUGUUCCCCAUCCCAGAGGUGGGAAUCCCCACCGAGCCUCUCAACUGCUUCUGGAAGAUGGUGGAGCAUUAUGAACGGGGUUUGAAUUGCAGGUUCUUGGAGAGCUGGGUGGGCAUAGCUCCCCUCAGUUAUCAGUAACAGCCGCUAACUUGAACUCUGCUGGAGGGGCUCUGAGUGUGGAUAUUGCAGAGCCGGGAUAUGGGAAAGGGGGGAAACGCAGCGCGGUCAAUUCUGCUUCGUCAUGAUGCCAGCGAAUGAGCCCCUUGUUUGAAAUGGAUCAGCUGCAGCAGCAGCAGCUGAGCGCUGCUGGGUUCCUGGAGAAGCUGCCUCUUACCUGAGAUUCCUGAGAAAACGCGGCAACCCAGUCGACCAGGGCCUAGCCCUUUGCUUCCUGGGGCUUCAGAGAGCCUGGGCCCCACUCUCUGGGAGGAGCCACCCGCGGUCAGCAGCCCAGAGAGAGGCCCAAGGGAUGAGGACACCACAGAGCGCUGUGACGCCCUUGCUGCAGGAGCCGGGCCGAGCCUGACGUCUGUCCUUUCCACGUGCGCACCGGCCUCCGAGGGAGCGGCCGGCCAGUGGCUGCCGCAUGGAACGUCUGCAGAAGCAACCUCUUACCUCCCCGGGGAGCGUCAGCUCCUCCAGAGACUCCAGUGUGCCCGGCUCUCCCUCCAGCAUCGUGGCCAAGAUGGACAACCAGGUGUUGGGCUACAAAGACCUGGCUGCCAUCCCCAAGGACAAGGCCAUCCUGGACAUUGAGCGACCUGACCUCAUGAUCUACGAGCCCCACUUUACCUAUUCCCUCCUGGAACAUGUAGAGCUGCCCAGAAGCCGGGAGUGCUCACUGUCACCCAAAUCCACAUCCCCCCCACCGUCUCCAGAGGUGUGGGCGGAGAGCCGGACUCUUGGAAUCAUCUCCCAGGCUUCAACCCCAAGGACCACAGGGACCCCCAGGACCAGCCUGCCCCACUUCCACCACCCUGAGACUACCCGCCCGGAUUCCAACAUCUACAAGAAGCCACCCAUCUACAAGCAGAGAGAAUCCGUGGGAGGCAGCCCUCAGAGCAAGCACCUCAUCGAGGACCUCAUCAUCGAAUCGUCCAAGUUCCCUGCAGCACAGCCCCCUGACCCCAACCAGCCAGCCAAGAUAGAGACCGACUACUGGCCGUGUCCCCCGUCGCUGGCCGUUGUGGAGACAGAAUGGAGGAAACGGAAGGCGUCUCGAAAGGGGGCAGAGGAAGAAGAGGAGGAGGAAGAUGAUGACUCUGAAGAGGAGAUUAAGGCCAUCAGGGAGCGGCAGAAAGAGGAACUCAGUAAGGUUACUUCCAACUUGGGAAAGAUGAUCUUGAAAGAAGAGAUGGAAAAGUCAUUGCCUAUCCGGAGGAAAACACGCUCUCUGCCUGACCGGACGCCCUUCCAUACCUCCUUGCAUUCGGGAACAUCUAAAUCCUCUUCCCUUCCUUCCUAUGGCAGGACCACCCUGAGCCGGCUACAGUCCACAGAAUUCAGCCCAUCGGGAAGUGAGGCUGGGAGCCCAGGCCUGCAGAACGGAGAGGGCCAGAGGGGGAGGAUGGAUCGGGGGAACUCCCUGCCCUGUGUGCUGGAGCAGAAGAUCUAUCCCUAUGAGAUGCUGAUGGUGACUAAUAAAGGGAGAACUAAGCUGCCUCCCGGUGUGGACCGCAUGAGGCUUGAGAGGCAUCUGUCAGCAGAGGACUUCUCUAGGGUCUUCGCCAUGUCUCCCGAGGAGUUUGGCAAGCUGGCCCUAUGGAAGCGAAACGAACUCAAGAAGAAAGCUUCCCUCUUCUGACAUCCCUGCCUGCUCGGCACGGCACCGCUCGCCCUGUCCGUGACAGUACCUUCCUUCUGCUGCUUCGAGGUCCUGAAGCUGGGGCUGUGAGACCCCCCCCCCACAGCGCCCUCUUCCUCUGCUGGCUGGGAGCAGCGGGAGGCAGGGCAGAAGCGUUGGGCUCCGUUCCUCAGGGAGAGAGCCAAGAAGUGCACAGUCCCAGAGUCAUGAGGCGUGGACUUCCUUCCCCACGACGGGCCAGGGGGCCUUACCUUUUCCCUGGGCUCCACUGCCUAGCCAAACCCAGCCUGGACUCCGGCACACAGUCAAUGUUUGCACCCGUUCCCUGUCUGUCACCCCACAUGAGGGUCCCCAGAAGACAGUGAGGAGAAACAAAGGGGGCUUAGCGGGGAGGUCUGUCUGCUGUCCUGUACAGGAGGAGGUGGCAGCUCUGGGACCCUGUGCCUGUCCACCCAAAGGCUCCAGCCAGCUGCACUCCUGACAGUUUCCUGCACUUGGGCCUGAUGCUUCUCUAACUGGCAGAAGCAGGCUCUACCUGGGCCUCCAGCUGGGAGGCCAUCCUCCCUCUAGCUUGUAUGUCCUGUACUUUGCAACCCCUAAGCUUCAAACCUCUUGCUCGAGACCCAGGGCUUAUUCAAAGCUGUGGCUAAGAGCAGAGACGCUGUUCACACAACGCCUCACCACCACCAGCCUCCAGGCAAAACCAGAUAGGAUGCACUGUUCUAGCACCUGUCCAGGGACCACUGAGCCCAGGCCUCAGCCUCCCUGAGAUGGGAUGGAGAGUCCCGGCUCCCAGGUCCCUCCAUUGCCAUGCAUCUCCUACUGUGCUCUCUACAGAAUGUAAUUUAUUGGGGCACCCUCUGCUGCUUCCCUGACUCCCUGCCCUACCUAAUUGCACUUCCAGUCCCGUCUGUCCACAUAUGUACAUGUAUAUAAUUAUACAUAUAUAUAUAUCUAUCUAUUUUGCCCAGGUCUGGGUUUCAUUUUUACCCAGACCCUGGCACUCCCUGUCCACUGUGUGUGUGAUCAUGCUGGGAGGGGUAACUGCUUGGAAUUAAAAGGUUGCACUGGGUCCCUAAA